AUGUCUCAAGGCAGAAGUGAGGAAGCACCAAUAGACACCAAAUUGAACAUUCAAGCUCUGCAACAACAAUUCCAGCGGAUGAAUGCCCAACUUGAAGAAAUCCGAGAACGAUUAGAUCAUAAUGACCAACAAGUGAAUCAAAUACAGCAAGGCACUAUGCCACGAGGGAGAAGGCAAAACAGGCGUCCCUCCAUUCCUCCAGCUGAUCAUGUUGAUACUUAUGAAGGUGAAAAUGAAGAAUUUGAUGAUGAAACCUCCCUAGCUUCCAUACGAAGACAAAGAGAUCAUAGACCAAGACGACAUCGCCAGCACAUGCAUCAAAAUAGAGAUGUUGUUGAUCGCAACACAGGUUCGAUUAAACUUUCUCUCCCACCUUUUCAAGGUAAAAAUGAUCCUGAUGCUUACAUUGAAUGGGAAAGAAAAGUGGAACUUGUUUUCGAUUGUCAUAACUAUUCGGAGGAAAAGAAAGUUAAGCUUGCAGCUGUUUCUUUUACUGACUAUGCAAUUGUUUGGUGGGACCAAUUGGUUCUAAGUCGAAAAAGAAACCGAGAGAUUCCAAUUGAUAAUUGGGAUGACAUGAAAGCUACCAUGAGGAGAAGGUUUGUUCCUUCACACUAUUAUAGAGACUUACAUUUGAAGUUGCAAAGUCUUAAACAGGGAACAAAAUCUAUUGAAGAAUACCAUAAGGAGAUGGAAAUAACCAUGAUUCGUGCCAAUGUUGAAGAAGAUAGAGAGGCAACAAUGGCUAGAUUCAUUUGUGGUCUCAACCGUGAGAUUGCGAAUGUUGUGGAACUACAACAUUAUGUGGAAAUUGAAGAUGUGGUCCACAUGGCUAUGAAAGUUGAGAGGCAACUUAAAAGAGGAGGAAGAUCAUCAUCCAAGCAUGAAGCUGCUGGUUCAUCUAAUUGGAAGUCCAAAUGGAGUCCUACUCCAAAACAAGAAGAAAAGCCUACUUCUAGUCCUAAAGAAGAAAAAACUAUGACCAAACAAUCUGAAAAAGGUACUUCUUCCAACCAAACUCAAAAAAUCGUGAUAUUAAAUGCUUCCGAUGUCAAGGCUUUGGUCAUAUUUCUUCUCAAUGCCCAAACAAGAGAACCAUGA